AAGAGACAAUUCAUGAAAGUUCGUUGCGAAGUAAGAAGUGGGUGGUGCAAUUUUUAAUGAAUCAACACAUCAAACACAUACAUUAAAAGUGUCGUUUGUUUACAUAAUGUCCACUCUACAUUACUUUUGUCGUUUUUGUCUAAAUUACGAGUUAAUUUCAUAUGUUAUCAUUCCGUGAAUAUUCCCUCUUCGUUGGGAAUACUAUUAUAUAUCUAUCAAUUAGUUCAAUUCAUCAUUUAACGUAACGUUAAGAUGCGUUUUGAUUGUGUUUCAAUCAUAAGUGUUUUUCUCGUAAUAUGCUUCGAAAGUGAAUUAAUCAACUCGCAGUACGUGCCGACAAAUCGUGGCUACAAUUACGACGAUUAUUUGCGAAACAACGGUGGCCAGUAUGGUUUCAACCCUGGUGGCAAUACGAGGGUAAUUCCUCAGGGUAACGACAAUAAACAGUACCCUGGUUUCAUUCCGCCGGGAUAUUAUCCAUCUGGGUAUAACCCAGUUGAUCCUUAUUACGACCGAAAUAAACCAUUUGAUCCUAAUUCAAGGCUUACGUAUGGAUACGAUCCUAUUAUCAAAUUGCCUGGUGUACUUGGAUCUUGGAGACCUGAUUUACAAGGCAGGGAAAGACUGGAUGCGAAAAGCCUUAAUAGAGAGGUUAUAGUAUCGACAAAUUAUGGACAAGUGCAAGGAUUUUACGUGUACUUGUACGAUAAUCCACUACCUGAAUCUGGAUUUCGUCCGGAACAAGUUCAAGUAGAAAGGGUACAGUCGACAGUAUCUGUUUUCUUAGGUAUUCCUUACGCAUUACCUCCCCUUAAAGAAAACGAAGGCAGAUUUAAGCCACCAAGAGCCCAUCCAAGCUGGCAAAGCUUACAUGCCGUUGACUAUAAACCAGUUUGCCCCCAACCUGCGAAAUUGGUCAAUACAGCGAACAAAAGAGCAGUGGAAAUGAACGAAGAUUGUCUUUACCUGAAUAUAUUUUCACCCAAUACCCAAGCUGGACGUGGUAAAUUGUACCCUGUCAUGAUGUAUAUUCACGGAGGAGAAUUUGUUAGCGGAUCAGCUAAUUCGUUUCCAGGUCAUGUGAUGGCUGGAUUUUACGAAGUAGUCGUUGUUACUUUCAAUUACAGGCUCGGAGCUUUAGGAUUUUUGAGCACCGGAGAUCAAAACUCGCCAGGAAAUUAUGGCCUAUUGGAUCAAAUCAUGGCUCUAACUUGGGUAUAUGAAAACAUCGACCAUUUCAACGGAGAUCGAAAUUCGAUAACGUUAUUCGGACCAGAUGCUGGAGCUGCUUCUGCUGGGUUAUUAAUGGUUCAUCCUCGAACUUACUUCAUGGUAUCUAAAGUAAUUGCUCAAAGUGGCUCAGCUACAGCUGACUGGGCGCUAGUACAAGAUAAAUGGAGAGCUAUGAAUACGAGUAAAGUGUUUGCUAAACAUUUAGGAUGUACUAUUGAGUCAUCGUGGAAAAUGUUUCAUUGCUUGAAGGGGCGUGGUUUCUUGGAAUUAGGAGACGUCAAUUUUAAACCCGACAUCGGUCUUGUGACUUGGGGACCUGUAAUCGAUGCCAACAUCACAAUGCCUGUCAACGAAUGGUACCAAGGAUGGAAUCAGAGAGAUUGGUACUUCUUGAACGAUACAGUCGAAUCUCUCAUAGCGCGAGGUCAAAUAAACCGAAAUUUAGCUUAUAUGAGUGGCGUAACAACUCAAGAAGCUGGUUACAUGAUAUGUAAGUUGUAUAACUUAUUUAACAACUUUCAAGUGCGAAAAUGUCCUCUUUGUAAUUUAUUAGUAAUUUCUUCUCUUUUCCCUUUUUCGUCUCCAGAUAGCAACGCCAGUCUGGCGCCAACGUUUGACAUCAGCGAGAAAUUCAUGGAGCAAAAAAUCAGAGAACUUGUGCUACAAUAUAAUUACACGCUGAAUCCGAAAGGCGUAUACGAAGCUAUCAAAUUCAUGUACACAUAUUGGCCAGAUCCACAAUGUAAAACAUGCAUCCGAAACGAGUAUAUAAAUCUUCUAUCAGAUUUCUUAUAUGUCGGACCUCACGAUAAAAUCACCAAAUUAUUACUGAAACAGAACAUACCGGUAUAUUUAUACGUACAGAAUACCACGGUCGAGGCAUUGAAAUUACCCGAAUGGUGUAAAGCGUAUCAUAACAUCGAAUGGUACUUUUUAAUUGGAGCUCCGUUCUUAGAUAUAGAAAUGUUGCCUCUUACAGAAAAAAUUACCAAACACGAAUGGACGUUCAACGACCGAAAUAUGAGUCAUUUUUUCAUGAAAGCGUUCACAAAUUUCGCUAAAUACGGAAAUCCUACUUUCUCUGAAAUUUUGGGUAUGCAUUUUGAUCGAGCGGUUCCAGGACAGCUUUUCUAUCUGAAUAUCAAUACGACGUUCAAUUCGAGUAUACUGUUCAAUUACAGACAAGUUCAGAGUGUUUUCUGGUCUGAUUAUUUACCAACAGUAAUUGGAAAUAUUAUUCCUUUAUAUUAUCCACCAAUUUACGAUUUUUGGUGGGAUCAAACUUCACCUAUUCACGUAGCAUUCUGGGGUCUUGCUGUAUUGUCUAUGUUUUUACUCGCACUAACCGUUAUAUUAUGUAUGUUAUGGAUUAGCAGUAAAAGGGAUUCCGAGCAUUACUUCAAUGACGAAUUCCUAACACUGGAAAAAGAAUCCGAUCUUAAUCACGGUAUUGAUAAUCGAAGCCACAGCAACAGCAACAUUUACGAGUACAGAGAUACUCCUUCUGUGAUGUCGAAUAAAACGAAACAAUUUAGUAUUGGUAAAACCGGAUCAACUCCUUCAUUACGUACACAAGAUUUCAGUAAAGCAGCUUCAGUUCCAUCGAUUAGAUCAGACAGUAUGAUAUCGUUAAAAGAUCAACAGACCAUAAGCACAAGUCCUCGAGGCAGAAGACGUGAAUUUAGGCCGAAAACUACCGAGUUGAAAGAUGGUAUUCCCCAGACUGCCGUAUAAUGAAAUGAAAAUAUCACCUAUUGGCUAUGAGAUGCCAUUGUCUUUCAAAAACGACGACGGCGCCAUUAAUCAAGUUCAUCUUGUUUGUGCUGUUAUUAUCACACUUAAUAGCCACUGCCUGUGUUGUUUUUGUAUCAAUUUUUUUUGUUCUAUUAUUAUUAUUACGUUACCCUUUAGUUGACUUUUUGUGUUUUUUUCAAUGAUGAAUAUCACGUGACAUAUUUUACUAAUUCCGCCCUGUCAACUGUGUUCAUUUUUAUACGUAUUUUGUAAUGUGUGAUACGAGGAAAACGUUUCGUCCAAAUUUUAUAAAACGAUUUUAUUUUUUUAUUUUCCUAUUUCUUUUUUUUUUCUUUUUUUAAUAUUGGAUCUCAUUUUUAUACAAACUAUUGCCCAAUUUUGUAUUUAAAUUUCGUUUUAUUCAGGAAUGACUUGAUUUUUUUUCAAAAACAGGUCUUCAAUUCUAGCUCUGCUGAAAUUGUUCGCAUCAAGUAUUUCAUUUGUAGUAUUAUUUUGUAUAUUAUUAAGGUUAGCUUGUAAAAAAAUCAUGUAUCUAUUUAUUUGUAAAUAGUUUUCUUUAUAUAUACUUUAUUCGUUAAAAGACAAGAUGGACUUUCACUUAAAUAUGAUAGGUUCACUUUGGAGAGUUCUGUUGCAUGUUUUUGUACGACAUUUUCAUCGAGAUUUUCGAUUUCAUUAGUGUAAUAUUGUUCUUGUGCAAUGAAUACCUUUUAGAAUUAUUUUGUUUACCAAUUUACUUACUAUAAUUCUGUGCCGUCCAAUUUGUGAUUUAUUUUAUACUAUAGGAUUGUUUUUAGGUAAUGAAUUUUUAUCACUCGCAUACCUAGCUACGAUCAAAAUCUCAUACGUAAUACGAAUGAGAGGUUAUCACAUUAUGAUUAAUAAAACACAGAGCAAUCUAAUAGCUUGUAAUGGCGAUGAUCACAAUCACCACCAAAGUAUUUUUUAUGUAUUUGUUUUUGUACACAUCAUAUUUUUUUUUGUAUGCAGUUUCAAAUCAAACUUUUAUUUCACUAUAAAAAUAUAAGUAAAAUUAAUUCACUAAAA